AAAAAUACGAAGGAAAAAAACUAGAAAAUUGGAAUGAGAUGGGUGGGGGCAUCACAUCGCAUUGCAACCAGCGAUAGAGAAGAAGCAAACGAACACGUGAAUUUUAGAAAUUUAGUAGUUUUCUUCAGUAGGACAAGCACUUUCACCACGUUGACUUCCUCCCCUCUCCCUCUCCCUCUUUCUGUCUUAGGGUUUUUCUUUCUUACCAAUGUGCUUUUCUUUCUUGGAUUUAGCUUCUUCCAUGGAUUCCCAAUGACACCCAAAUUUUACAAGGCCUUGGGAGUUUAUUGAAGCUAUGAGGCAGUGACGAAGAAACUGCUGUCUUUGAUGAAAUGCUUGUUAAUUGGGGUCGAAAGCCUAAGAUAGUUGAUUUGCUUGAAGACAGUUGACAAAAUAAAGAUUCCUAUAUAAAAUUGAAUUAUGAAGUCGAUGAAAUUCCCAAAGCGAUACUUAAUUGUCCUUUUAACCUUUGUCAGCACAUGCGUAUGUUAUAUAGAACGUGUGGGUUUCUCCAUAGCAUACACAGUUGCAGCUGAUGCUGCUGGGAUUAACCAAUCAAGCAAAGGGACAAUACUAUCAACAUUCUAUUACGGUUAUGCUUGUUCUCAGGUACCUGGGGGAUGGGCGGCUCAAAAGAUCGGGGGAAGGCAGGUUCUUCUUCUCUCAUUCGUUUUAUGGUCAUCAACUUGUUUUUUGGUUCCAUUAGAUCCCAAUAGAGUCACUAUCUUGGUUGUUGCUCGCUUGCUUGUUGGUGUGGCACAAGGUUUCAUCUUCCCUUCUAUUCACACUGUCCUAGCACAGUGGGUACCACCACAUGAGAGGUCAAGAUCUGUUUCGCUUACAACUUCGGGGAUGUACCUAGGUGCAGCUAUGGGAAUGCUUGUCCUUCCUAGCCUGGUGAAGUUCAGAGGUCCCCAAUCUGUAUUUAUUGCAGAAGCAGCAUUAGGUGUCAUCUGGUCUUUCUUUUGGUUUAAAUAUGCAACUGACCCCCCUCGAUCUGAGCAUCAGAAAGCCACUGCCACUGGUUUUGGAGAAUCUUUAUUACCUACCAAAGCAAGUCAGAAGAUAAAAGUGGAGAAUGGAGGAACCACAGCCCGAACUUCCGAAAUCCCAUGGAAGAGAAUUUUAGCCAGCAGGCCAGUUUGGGCAAUCGUGGUAAAUAAUUUCACAUUCCACUAUGCACUUUAUGUAUUAAUGAACUGGCUGCCAACAUACUUUGAGCUGGGCCUCCAGCUCAGUCUUCAGGAAAUGGGUUCUUCCAAGAUGUUGCCGUAUUUCAACAUGUUCAUAUUCUCAAAUAUCGGUGGGGUUCUUGCUGACCACUUGAUCACCAAAAGAAUAAUGUCCGUGACUAAAACUAGGAAGUUCUUGAACACUGUAGGAUUUAUAGUCUCUUCUCUUGCAUUGAUGGCACUACCAAUCUUCAGAACAUCAGCUGGAGCCAUUUUCUGUUCUUCUGUGGCUCUUGGUUUCUUGGCGCUCGGAAGGGCUGGGUUUGCAGUGAAUCAUAUGGAUAUUGCACCCAAAUAUGCAGGAAUUGUAAUGGGUGUCUCUAAUACAGCCGGCACCCUAGCUGGGAUCAUUGGGGUUGAUAUGACUGGAAAGCUUCUCGAAGCUGCUAAAGCUGAAUAUUCAGAUCUUUCUAGUCCAGAAAGCUGGAGAACAGUCUUUGUCAUCCCGGGAUUGCUCUGCGUAUUUAGCUCUUUCAUAUUCUUGCUAUUCUCAACGGGGGAGAGGAUUUUUGACUGAAAUAAGCCCUGCACACGUCUAAGUUUUUACUUGGUAUAGCCAUAAAUCAUCAAGGGCUUCACACGCAAAUCGGUCGUUGUGAUUGGUGAGGUCUCUGAUGUCAUGAAAUCUAAACCCUUCCUGGGACAAAUAUAUUUAAUUUCAGAAUAGUAUAGAAGGUCAAAAAGCAAUCAACACAAACCAGUAGGUAUUAGAAAUCAUUUUUUUGAUUGUUAACCUGAAGAGCUUAUGUGUUUAUUUUUUAUUUAACAGUGAGAUUAGCUGGAUUAUUUCACUUCAAAUUUAUGCAUAUGAGAACUCAAGCCAAGCAAGUUGCUAUUAUGAAUGCAGUGGGGACAUCAUGCUUCUGAUAAUUACCUAUGAUGUUAGUAA